AUGGUGGCCGUCGCAGCGAAUUUGGUCAUGAUAUUCUUGAUUUGGGUGGACUCCCGCCUCCACACCCCCAUGUACUUUCUGCUCAGCCAGCUGUCCAUAAUGGACACCCUUUUCAUCUGUACCACUGUCCCGAAGCUCCUGGUGGACAUGGUUUCUACAGAGAAGACCAUUUCCUUUGUGGCCUGUGGCAUCCAGAUCUUCCUGUACUCGACUAUGGCUGGCUCAGAGUUCUUCCUGCUGGGCCUCAUGGCCUAUGACCGCUACGUGGCUGUCUGUAACCCCCUUAGGUACCCAGUUCUCAUGAACCGCAAGCUGUGUCUUUUGCUGGCUGCUGGUGCCUGGUUCGGGGGCUCACUUGAUGGCUUUCUGCUCACGCCCAUCACCAUGAAUGUCCCCUACUGUGGCUCCCGCCAGAUCAAUCAGUUUUUCUGUGAAAUUCCUGCAGUUCUCAAACUGGCCUGUGCUGACACGUCCUUGCAUGAGACCCUGAUGUACAUCUGCUGCGUCCUCAUGCUGCUCAUUCCCAUCUCUCUCAUCUCCGCCUCCUAUGCCCUCAUCUUGUUCACCGUCCAUCGCAUGCGCUCUGCUGAGGGCCGCAAAAAGGCCUUCACCACCUGCUCGUCCCACCUGACUGUGGUCAGCAUUUUCUAUGGGGCUGCCUUCUACACCUAUGUGCUGCCCCCGUCGUUCCACACACCUGAUGCAGGACAAGGUAGUGUCGCCUUCUACACCAUUGUCCACACCCAUGCUUAA